CCCGUCUAAUUUCCACUUCAAUUCUCGGUCCUGACUCUGACUAGGAUUAGGGUUUUAACAUCUCCUUUUUUUCACUUUCCCUUCCUAUUACAUCAGCAAUGGAUCCGAUUAAGAAGAGGAAGCUCGAUGAAAACGGCGUUCUAUUACACGAUCCAGACGGCGCCGUCGCCGCAGGAAUGGUACCUUUCAAGCUUUCCGUCGAAGACGCGCGUAAAAUCCUCGAACCCUUUUCCCGCGAACAGCUACUCGAGAUCGUCCAAUCAGCCAUCCUUCGCCACGUGGACGUUCUCGACCUAGUACGAUCCAUCGCCGACCGGGACCCAGCACAGAGGAAGCUCUUCAUCCGCGGCCUUGGUUGGGAAACCACGACGGACAAGCUACGAGCUCUCUUCUCCCAAUACGGUGAUCUCGAAGAAGCUGUUGUAAUUCUCGACAAAGUCACUGGAAAAUCGAAAGGUUAUGGCUUUAUCACUUUCAAGCAUAUUGAUGGGGCAAUGGCAGCUCUUAAGGAACCUAGUAAGAAAAUUGAUGGUCGGAUGACGGUUACUCAGCUAGCGGCUGCUGGUGUGUCUGGUGGGCCGGGUGGCGGAGGGGGGAAUAAUCAGGUGGAUGUUUCGGAUAGGAAGAUUUAUGUGGCAAAUGUACCUUAUGAUAUGCCGGCUGAGAGGCUGUUAGCUCAUUUUUCCAUGUAUGGCGAAAUAGAAGAGGGACCAUUAGGCUUUGAUAAGGCAACGGGGAAAUCGAGAGGGUUUGCUUUAUUUGUGUAUAAAACUGCCAAUGCUGCGAGGGCGUCUUUGGUGGAUUCUGUGAAGAAUAUAGAUGGGCAUCAGUUGAACUGUAAACUUGCUAUUGAUGGGAAGAAGAAGCCAGGUCCUGGAGGGCCUCAGGGUGGUAAUGAAGGGAACAAUGAUGGUAUUGGGGUGGGGAUGCCUGGUGGGAUUGCUGCGCAAUAUGGUGGGCACGGUGGAGUUGGUGGUGUAACUGGAUAUAGUGGAUUUUCCGUGCCUUCGGUGGGUGGGAAUCAAUUGAAUUCGUCAUUAGGUAGUGGUGGUGGCGGCGUUGGUGUUGGUGGUCCAGGGAUGUCCGGUAUUGGCAGCCAAGGGAUGGGGUCUAAUUUAGGUGUUAGUGGUGGACUUGGUCCUUAUGGUGGCGGGACGCAUUAUGGUGGGCCUGGUUCUACUGGAUAUGGUGGGUUGGGUGGAGCUGGUGGAGGAUUGAGUGGUGUUGGGAGUGGAGUUGGUGGUGCUGGUCGUGGUUCUUUUUAUGGAUUGCCACCAAGCUCAGGUGGUAUGCCAACUGGAGAUUAUCAACAGGGGGCACACUAUGGCUUAUCUUCGUCUGGAUAUCAAAGCCAGCAUCAUCAGACAGCAGGAACCUCACCAGCUCCCAGAGUUCCAACUGGGGGAAUCUACCAAGGGGUGCCUCCUUACUAUUGAGGUGUGUGAGAGCUUGUUGGCGCAGUUGCUUUUUAUGGUUCUGGUGAUUUCGUGCAGACAAUAUGAACUCUGGCUUCAUGAUUUUGAUUUGCUGUGUAGUUUGGCUCUUCGAUACAUCUGCGCUUCAUGAUGUCAUCAAGUGAAAUGCUAGUAAUCUAAGUGACUGAGUAUUUUGUAUUUCUGAUCUAGAGCUUCUAUGCAAUUUGAGUCUGUACGAACUUAUUUAGAUUGCUAUGUGUUUUUAGGGAAAAAGAUAUGAAUUAGACUUUGACUUUAGUUGUUUGUUUUGCUGCGGGUGCAGCUGACUUUUGCUUAUGGCAUUUGACUUUAAUUGGUUCUGAUCUGUCUUUGGAGCAUCUGCCAUAUGUUUAGAUGCUAUGUUAUUUUUUAUGUAUUUGUUUGCCUUUUUUGGUUUCCUUGUGUAGUAUUCUGUCAAUUAGACAUUGCAUUUACAGUUGUCA